GCUGUUUCUGAAUUUAGGGUUUAAGACUCGAAUCACUACCAACAAUCUCACUUCCCCGAAUCCUAAUUCGUUUUGCCAGAAUACUCAUAAACCGAUCCUCUGUUUUUCCGAUUAAUCCGAUACGAUCUUUGAUCGGUAAUGUUGUCUGAGUCCAAAACCGGUAAUCGGGUGAUGAGGGGACCCGAGGAAGACGAAGAAGAGAGAAAGAUGAUCGAAUCGAUAAGAGAAAUCGUGGGUAAUCACUCCGACGCAGAUAUCUACACCGCUUUGAAAGAAUCUAACAUGGACGCCCACGAGGCUGUUCAGAAGCUGAUUCAUCAAGAUCCAUUCCACGAGGUGAAGAGAAGAAAAGACAGGAAGAAAGAGGAAGUAGUACUGGUUGAGCCUGCCACCGUAAAAAAGCCUCUUGAAAAUGUUACCAGUGAAGUGAAAGUUCGGACACAGCCUGAACAUAAUGUUCGGAGAGGAGGCUACAGUAGGAAUGUCUUCCCUAGGAACGCGGCUCCACAAAAUGCAUUUCCUAGGAAACCUCUUGAAAGUGUUGGCAAUGAAGUUAAAGUUCAUACACAGCCUGAACAUAAUGUUCGGAGAGGAGGCUACGGUAGGAAUGUCUUCCCUAGGAACGCUGCUCCGCGAAAUGCAUUUCCGAGAAAUCCUGCUACUGGAUCCAAGAGAGAGUUUCGUGUUGUUAGAGACAACAGGUCUAAUCCAAAUGUUGAUGAAGAGUUGAAGCAUUCUUCUGGAUCAAAUAUUAGCAAGGUAGUGGCCACUGAGAACAAAAAAGGCUCAAUAGGUGGUUUAGGCAAUCAUCACGCUUCUGGGGCUCAAGGCUUUGCCCAAGAUCGUAAUGCAGCAGCAGAUGUGAGGCUCAGAGAUGCUGAAAUUGCUCCAUUGCACCAUCCUACCAGAAAAGAACUCUCUGAUGGAAAGGAGACAUCCCGUGGUGUUACUUUGCCAUUAACCGAUUCAGUUCUUGGUGUAUAUUCGUCUUCCACAGAUCCAGUUCAUGUUCCGUCUCCUGUUUCUAGAUCAUCACCUGUGGGAGCUAUUAAACGUGAAGUAAGAGGUGGAGGCUUUGGUGGAAAACCUUCUGAAACUAUUGGUAAAGAUCCAUCUGCUGGUGCCUUGUCAAAAAUUGGGACUCCAAAUGCAUAUCGAUCAUCUUCACCAAAUUCAAAGAUUGAUCAAUUCAGCCAAACUACUCCACGAGAGUCUGUUUUGCCCAGCGGUGUGGAAAAGAAUAGGCCUCUUUUGAACAGGCAGCGUGGUAACAGAGGAAGCCAAUAUGCUAGAACACAACAAGUUGGUGGCCACACAAAAGGGGUCUCACAAAACAAGGAGUGGAAGCCUAAAUCGAUUCAGAAACCCGUUGGACAUAACCCUGGAGUAAUUGGAACACCAAUAAAGUCUCAGGCUUGUCGUCCUGCUGAUAAUAUUACAAACCUGGAACCAGAGGCUGUUAAGUUGCAAGAUAAGCUCUCACAUGUUCAUAUCAGUGAAACCCAGAAUGUCAUUAUCGCAGAUCAUAUUCGCCUUCCAGAGACUGACCGAUGUCAGCUCACUUUUGGUAGCUUUGUUCAAGAACCUGCUGCUUUCCAGGAACCAUGCUCUUCAGAAGAACUUAGAGAAUCUGAUCGUAGUUCGCCAGGUACUUCUCCAGAGACUUCAGCUGAUGGUCUGGUGGUUAAGCCUAUCGAGAUUGUUGAUGAUCAUCUGAGAAUCUCUGAAUCUGACUCACGUCCAUCCGAGCAACUGUUGCCUGAAGAGGAGGUUCAUAAAUCUGACAAUUUGGAUGAGUACUCGGAAAUUCAAUUGCUCAAAACUGACACUCACGUCCCUUUCCAGCAGGCAUAUGGUAAUCACGGUAGUUACGACUUCCCGUAUUUUAGUCAGACAAUGGAUGAAAACGUACGAGGACAAGGAUUACCAUCUCAACAGGAGGCAGUAAGCACUCACAUGGUGAUCAAUGCCCCUUCAUCUACGUUUCCCAUGUUGCAGCAGCAACAACAACAACAACAGGCGUCAAUGCAACAGCAACAGAUGUACCCGCAACUUCAUGUAUCGCAUUUUCCAAAUCUCAUGCCUUACCGUCAGUUCAUCUCCCCAAUGUAUGUUCCCCAGAUGCCCAUGCCAGGCUACUCAGGUAACCCAGCAGCAUAUGCACACCCUUCAAAUGGCAAUAGCUAUGUGCUGAUGCCUGGAGGUGGUUCACAUCCCGGUUCAAAUGGUGUUAAGUAUGGCAUCCAGCAAUUCAAACCAGUACCAGGUGGUCCUGCGGGUUUUGGGACUUACAACAGUCCUAAUGGCUAUCAGAUUAGUUCUCCCAAUGUAGUUGGAAACGCCAUGGGACUUGAAGAUCCAUCUCGCAUGAAAUACAAAGAUGGAAAUAUUUACGUUCCAAACCCUCAGGCUGAGACUUCUGAGAUUUGGAUGCAGAACCCAAGAGAUCUUUCAAACCUUCAUUCUCCUCCGUAUUACAACGUAGCUGGACAGACGGCUCAUGGUGCUUACUUACCAUCCCAUACAGCACAUCCAUCUUUCAACUCCCCUGCAGCAGCAGCAACACAGUCGUCUCAAAUGCAGUUCCAGGGUCUCUUCCACCCACCACAGCCUGGUACAAUGGCGAAUCUGCACCACAUGGGACCUGGGCUUGGUGGUAAUGUUGGUGUAGGGGUUGUGCCCUCUCCUCCUUCUCAACAUGGUCAUCCGAGUUGGGCAGCAAACUUCUGAGAAAAAUAAUCUAACCUUUUUCUACUUGUCUAAUGGAUCAUAAUAGCUGAAAGCAAAAUGCUCUGUUUUUUCCUUGUGAAACGGCCGAACUCUGUUUUAUUUUUUUAGUCAACGAAUGCAUAAAAUGUUCCCAGCUCUCAACAGUUAUCCAGUAAAUGAUCUGUCAAACUUAUGUUGAUA